CUACCGCUGAAUCUAGCGAAACCUGUUUAUAAAAAUCACAAAGCCCCAUGAACUGCAAGGGCACAGACACAGAUGGCAUCAUAAUGCAUCUACCCUCCCACUGUGGGGGCCAAGAAUAAAAAUCUGCAGCGGCAACCCCGUUAUUCACGGUGGUGUUUCGCUAAAUUAGAACAAUUGAGCGCGAGCGAGGUCGAGAUAAGACGGCCGCCGCGCGGAGCAUAAUAAUUGCGGGACUGCUCGCUAUCUCCUCAUCCGAGAAGAAGCAAGGACUGGCUAUGUUACCGUGGCUCCUCAGUGGUUCUGUAAUAAACUAUUAUUAAAGUUAAUUUUUGCGAUGGAAAAUACGACGAUCAGCGAGCAAGCCGCCGACGCGCCGAGCGAGCAAGAAGCAGCGUUUUGCAUCCGAGGUGAGGCAAACGGGUGCUCGCAGCAGGAGCGGGAGGACCUGGGCUCGGCGAAAUACGAGGUAAAGCGGACUUUGCGCAGCCUCGUGGAGCGGUUCGGGCUCUCGCGGGAAGAUCUCGUGUCUGCCUACGACGAGUGCUUGCAAGAGGGAGACGGACGCGGGGUGCGCGUGGAAAGGAACGGUGCUGCCACGAAGUUUACUGCCGCAGUGGAAGGAGGGGAGCCGGAGCUGCACGAGCAGCAGCAGAAAAGGCUCGCUGAGCACCCAAUAGCGAACGGAGCGAUCGCAGAGGCCAGAAAACGGAGUGUGAACGGUGCACUGACCGGCAGCGAGCUUGAUGCGACGGUCGUCGGCGAUUCCGAAGCUGGUAGUGGCGAGAGUGCAGCCAUGGAUGUCGAGGAAGAAGGCGAGGAGGAGGGGUUGCAGCAGACGGAGGAAGAAGAGGAACAAGACGGAGAGCCCGUCAAGUCGCGGCGGGUGGAGGCUCAGCUGUGGACUAAGCAAAACGGGACAGGCGGUGGCAUACAUAGGCAGGGUAGUCUGAGUGAUUCCAGCCCUCUCGAAGAGAAAGAGGAGGUGGACAAGAUGCAGACACUGGUGCAGAGUGCUCUUCGAGUCUACGAGGCAUCGUCCACGCACCCAGAGAUCGGCCAGAAGAGACGUGGAGAUUUCUCCCUUGAGGAUGAGCUCCUGCAGCCCUCACCAUUUGUCCAAGAACUUUUAGAUCGCGACCAGACAGUAGUGGCCCAUGCCAUCAAGAAGUACAUGAACCAGUAUUCUGUGCCGCAGCGUGAGGUGGUGGAGAAGACGGGACUCAACCAGAGCCACUUAUCGCAGCACUUUCUCCACGGGGUGACAAUGAAACGCUCGAAACGCGUCAAACUGUACCACUGGUUCGAAGACGAUCAGAGAAUACGUACAGGAAAGUCGAGUACUGCAGACAGCGCUCUGAACUCUGUUCUGGAGAGUCCAAAGGUCGAAGGUAGUCGGAGGCGGCCUCGCUGGAAGUGGUCACCCAUUUCCACUCAGAUCUUGUCGGAGGCAUUCAAGAAGAACCAUUUCCCCACGCGGGAGCAGAGAGUCGAACUGGCCAAGUUAUGCAACGAGGCGGAGCUGACAAUGAACAACGGGUCUCCCAUCAGAGGACCAGAGGGAGACACUGAAGGAAUCACCGAACAGAGGGUCAAUACCUGGUUCACCAACAGGAGGAAGGGUCUCUCCACCCCCUCUCCAACCAGAGCACUAACAAUGGGUCACGGGGGUGCCAUCUUUACCCACGGGCUACCGACUCUCCUUCGCGCCGCCACUCCAACCACACCCACCCAGUCCUAUUCCCAUACCUUGGACCUGGAACGGAAUGAGGACAGGCUGGCCACACCCACUGCACUGCAGGCCCUGGUCAGCCACGUCCAACCGGUGCAGACGGUGACUAGUGCUGGUUCGGCAGUCCACCUGGGGAGCAACUCCAGCAGAUCCACUCUACCUCUGACCGCCAUCACAUUGCCCAGAGCUUCUGUGCUGGCUCCUGGUACUUCGCUGACUGGUGUGUCUCAACCCUCGUCGGCUCCCCCUCCUCUCCAGACUUUUGCCUUCACUCCCGAGGGUAUCCCCAGCGGCCCUUAUCCAACCCUCUCAACUCCAGGCCAUUCUCUCCCAAGUCCACGCCUCUUCUGACUCUGGUAUUCCCACACAAAUUCAGCUAGCCAACACCUCCGGUGGCAUCUUUAUGUUGCCCUCGCAGAAGGUCACGGCUGCAGCGAUCGCUCCAUCGCAGCUCCAGACAUACACCGUGACUCCUUCCUCUGUCAUGGCGGUGGCAAAGUCAGCUCCUGGAAGUAGAGAGGUCUACAUCCCCUCCUCCUCCUCCUCCCCCCUCUCCUCCCCCUCCACCUACCACUCCCCCACCCUCACAGCCCUCCCCACAUUCACACAACAGCCACAGGCACCAAUGCAGGCUUCAUCCCAACCAUCAUAGGUAGCAACCACAUCCAGGCAAUACUGACAACCCUACAGGCACACGGCAAACUGCAAGGGCUACACAGCGUCCAGAUCAACCCUACAAACUCACUCCCUCUCACCAUAGCCCUCCCUCGUGGCACCAACGAUGACAUUAUCAGGGCUCAGACCCUGCUCGUUAACCAGGGCCACAGCGACUGAUGUGUUUGUGUGGUUGUUUGGCACCACGGCAACAGGUCCUCUCGUAACCAAGGACACAGCAAUGAGUUCCUCCUCCCCCCCUCUCUCUCAUGAUGUUCACUCUCGUCACUACUGUCAGUAUAUCGUGUACAUGCACAGCUGUGUAUUAAAGAUUCCUCUCAUUAUCAUGUUGAAUCAAUAUUAUUAUGCAUAUGGCUGGAGCCACAAGAGACUAAUAUUAUUUGCUUGUUUGUGUGUAUGUGUGUUUAUAUCUGUAUCAUUAUUCUGAUGUCAUUAAUGUAAAAUUAUAAUUGUACUUUUUUUCUACACUUUUUUACUCAGCCUUCCAGUCUUCGCGCAUGUGUAUAAUCGUCACCUCCAAACUGCGCAUGCGUGUGUUUUCCAUGGAUACUGUUUAUCGGACUCUAAAUAGAGCACACCAUCAAAGCGGCGCGCCGUCGGUCGAGAAAGCGAGGGGAGAGCAUGGCGAUGGUUCCAGCGUGCCUGGACUGGAGUGUAGAAAAAGUGGGCGAUUGGAUUGAGAGUACAGGGUUCCCCCAAUACAGAGAAAGUUUCGCGGACAACGGGGUGAGCGGUCGGAAGCUGGUGUGGGUGACUGGCUCCACGCUGCCCAGAAUGGGUAUCACCGACUGGAGCCAUAUACAAGUGAUAUCGAGGAAGAUUCGUGAAUUGCUAGGAGUGGAAGAACCGUAUUGGAACCGCAGCAUUGCCCUGCCCUAUGCUUCGGAGCUGACGAUCUUCUUCCAUCAGAAGAGCUUCACUGGACGCAAGUCAGACCAACUUCAGCUCCACUCCACCACCUGAGUGUCUCACACACGGCCAGUUCCUGUACCUCACCAACUUGGGGACCGUGAAAAUCAGAUCUUUUUAACACUUUUUUAAAAUUUUAAUGGUUUUCUAUUUUGUAUAAUUUUCCAGCGAAUGAAAAAAGAUACAUCAUACCAUAGACACCAAUAUAACUGCAAA